AAUGGUAGGAGGGAGCAGUAGAAAGAGGAAAGAUUGGAUCCUAGGUUGGCGGUGAAAAGGCUAAAAAGCUGGCCAGGGGACGGGAGUCGGGAGGGGGAGAGAUAUUCAGAAAUGAGGUUGCAGGUAGGAUCUCGUCGGAGGCGAUUCUCUCUCCACCAGGCACUCGUCGGCACUGUAGCUGUCACUGUCAUCGGACUAUUGUUCCUUAGUUUUAGGUUCGUCGAUCCGUCAAUUCAUCUCCCAGUAACCACCUCUGAAAAAGUAGAAGCUGAUGAUGAUGAUAAACCAGCUGAUAUAAAUCUUCACAAUGCUCAACCAAACAAGACAUGCGCAACUGUGGAGGAAAUGGGACAAGUUUUUAGCCGCGGCUUUGAAGAGGAGGGUUAUAGAGUCAGGAAAAUCAUCGAAAAUCACUUUGCUAUUAAUGGUGCUGCGAGAGUUCGAGGGCUUCCACCGGAAGAGUUCUGUAGACAUGGAUUUGUGUUGGGCAAAGCAUCAGAAGCAGGUUUUGGUAAUGAGAUGUACAAAAUAUUAACUGCGGGAGCACUGAGUGUGAUGUUGAACCGAUCGUUGAUAAUUGGGCAAUCCAGGGGUAGAUUUCCUUUUGAGGAGUUCAUCUCUUAUUCCAAUGUUUCCUUCACAUUGAAAGAAAUCAAGCACCUUUGGAGAGAGAAUGGUUGUCUGACCAAAUACAGGAGGCAUCUUGAUAUCAGAAUUGAUGAUUUCCAGAAGCCAGCACGAACAAAUGUUCUGUGUAGUAAUUGGAGGGCGUGGGAACAACCCAUUAUCUGGCUCCAGAAUACAACAGAUGCCGUGGCUGCUCAGUGUUUCUUGAAGAAUGUACAUGCUGAGAUGAGGAUAGCUGCUUCUAAUUUGUUUGGGAAGCCAGAAGACCUUCACCAUAGGCCUAACGUAUUUGGGGAGCUAAUGAGACUUUUGAUAUCUCCGUCAGAGAAUAUUCAACAUGCUGUGAACUGGGCAUUAAGAGGUGGCGCGGACCCUGAUAUUGCUCUACACAUGCGGAUGCUUAUGAAUAGGUCCAUUAGAGGAGCUCAAGCAGCCGUCUCUUGCAUCAGAAAAUGUGUAGAAAAUCUAAAACUGAUGUCCAAGCCCAGAGUAGUCUUAGUUUCAGAUAAUCCUUCUCUGGUGAAAGAUAUUGCUCCAGACGUGAAUCAGUUUGCAGAAGUCUUACACUUUGAUUUCAAACACUUUAAAGGAAAUAUAUCUGGCAACUCGCAUUUUCAUACUCUAGAUUUUAGAACAAAGGAUUGGGGUACAGCGCCAAGAUGGGUGGCAUUUGUUGAUUUCUUUCUUGCUUCACGUGCAAAACAUGCGGUUAUCUCUGGGGCUCACCGGCGUGUUGGGACUACGUUUGCUCAGCUGGUUGCAGCGUUGGCUGCAGCUAACAGCCUCGAAGAAGAUAGAUCCUCUGCUGCAUCAAACUUCACCUUCCUCAGUAGCUUCCAGAGUAACUUGCUUGCAGAAGGUCUAAAGUAUCAGAUUGGUUGGGGCCAUGUGUGGAACCGAUUUGCUGGUCCGUUAAGCUGUCACAACCAAUCUAUGCAAUGUGCUCAUACUCCAAUUCUCCCCCCUGCAUGGUGGGAUGGACUUUGGCAGUCGCCUAUUCUGCGGGAUGUACACAGAAUGGAAGCAUAUGGCAUCCACCUUUCUGGUUUUGGGACAUUUGAUGACGAUCAGCUACGCUCUUUCUGUAGUUGGAAGAAAAAAUCGGUGCUUACCUUUCCAUUGAUUUAGAUAUGUUGCUACCUGCAUUCAUUGGGAGAUCUCUCCUAGUUAGGCUGAUUUUGCUUUGGCAUUCAGCUAUUGUUUUCAAUCAAUCAUGCACUAAUUGAGCUGAUGAUUUGUGGAAUGUAUGGUCAAUGCUAUUGUAUUUCCAAAUGGUCCGGCGAUCUUAAAAGCUUUACCAAAUUUGUAAUUACCAACAACAUCGGAAGCUAUGCCACAUUCUGAAGUGGUUAAGAGUUCAGUGUAUGAAUCCGCAUUAACAUUUUUGCUUCAUUGAAUCUAUUUCGUUCUACUAUUCAA